ACCAUGUCCGUCCAAGCGGUCCUAUCACAUCACAUCCCCUGCAGGUGAAUCAUGGUUCAGCAGCAAACUACGUAAAAAAUGCACAAAUGCCAAACAGCCUAUUCGAGCGGAAACCAAACGAAAAGACACAGCCAAACUGUAUGUAAAAUGGGCCGGGUCGGGUUGGUCAUCCUUCCAUCCUUCCUUCCCCCUUGCUUGCUUCCUUCCUGGGCGAGGCGUCUGACUGACGGAUAUCCGCCUGUCUUUCGCUCUCUAUCGAACGAUAUAUCCAUGCAUGCACCAGCCAGCCAGUACACAAGAUGCACACACAGCCCGAGACACCACCCAAGGGUAGCGAGACACGCAGCGACAAGGCGGGCGAUGCAUACAUACAUGAGAAGUCCCACGCCCGCUACCCCCACACCGUGACGGCUGUCGGGUAUUGCAGGUGGUGUGGGUGGUGUGCUGAGGGUGGUGGUCCGCUGACCCAGUGGCCGUAGGUAUGGUUGUGUGUGUAGGGCUGCCUGAGAGUCAUGUUUGGAGGAAGGACCGGGCUGGGGACCGGGGGGAAGGCCGUCAUUGGCGGGGCAGCUGGUGCGGUGGGCCAAGUCGGGUUCCUUACAGAACCGACGGCCGUCGCUGCCGGCUGACUGCGCUGAUUGACGUGUGGCUGCACUUCAGGGGAUGUCACAGGGGAUGUCACGCCGCCUUGGCCAAACCUGAGAGAGAGAGAGAGAGAGAGAGAGAGAACGCAUUGUCCGCCCAGCCCAUCCAUCGUCUGUCUGUGUGUCUGUCUGUCUGUCUGUCUGUCUGUAUUGUUGUCUGUUCAUGUAUGUGCGUAUAGCACUCACCAAAAUGGGUGUGCGAGCACUUGCACGAUCGAAGGGCGCAUCGCGGGGUCAUCAGCCGUCAUGCUGUCGAUCAGCUCCAUCACAUCGGCCGACAAGUUCAUCCGCCAGAAGGGCGUCCGCACGUACGGUCGCAUGACGUCACGGGUGGCGGGGUCAUGCCCGAACUCCAGCAGCAUGCGCAACAUCUGGCCCAGUGAGUACACGGUGGCCUUGUGUGGAUCGAAGAACGUAUGCGGACUGGCUGCCUGCAUUGCAAUACAAGUGGAUAGGGAGAGAUACAGACAGAUGAAUGACGUCUGUCCAGUCCUUCAUGUCCGUGUGCGCCUGUGACAUACUAUGUACGCAGGUAGGCAUACAUACGUACUUCCGGUGACAUGUAGAACUCAACUCCGUGUGGAUCCAGCCCGCUUCCGACCAGCCGCUGGGACGGAUCACGCAGAGAGAGACCAUUUGUGGCCGGCGUGAAGAACUGCACCAAUUCAAAGUCGACCAGCUUUGGGCAGCCGUCCGCAUCAAAGACUAUGUUGUCGAGGUGCUGGUCUCUGAAGGAAUCAAGUACACGCACACACAUCAUAUUUAUCUAACCCAUGCUUCCUCCGUCCACCCGCACACACAUCUGUCUGUCUGUCUGUCUGCUGCCUGGCGUGGGCUGGUCUCUCGUUGAUUGAUUCAAAUCCCUACCCUUGGUACAGUCCCUUGGCGAGUAGUUGGGCGUAGGUCUCAACAACGGGCCGCAUCCAUUGGCGCGCCUCCCACUCGUACACCGCCGACCUGCCGAACUCGUCCAGGUACUCGCCGGUCCUCAGGCGCUCCAUCAAGCUGCCACCGGGCAGCAACUCAAACUCCAAGUGGCUGUUUUUGUCCAUGUGGUAGGCCUGAAAUGCACAUAACCAUCCACAUGACAUGGACACGCACCAUACCGUCCCGUAUGCAUUGCCUUUCUUUUCACUCAUGCUCUCACCCACGGCACGUACCCUCUUGAGCUUGACCACGCCCUUGAUGUCGCUUGCGGCCUCGAGGGCCCGAAUCUCGCGCUGGACGUACGGCAUCCAGUCGCUGCCGUCGCCGCCAAACUCCUCCCAGUCGCAAUUGGCCCUCGUCCGGACGGCCACGAUCUCUCCCGUGUCCUUGUUGCGGGCCUUGCUGCACAACGCGUUGGCGCCAUUGUUGAUGACGCUGAGGAACUCCAAAUGAUCGUCUGGGAAGUCACCGAUGUCGUCGUUGAACCAGGAGAGGUCAUACUGGUCGAUGGCGUCCGGGCUCCUUGAUGGAGGCGGCACGCGAGAGCAGCAAUGACGGAACCGGGGGGACGGGCGCGAAUACAGCCAACGAAGGGUGCUUUGGACGCAUUGGCCCAUGCACGCCAUCGUCAAGGGAUGGGGUCAACGGGAGAUGAGGGGAAGAGAUAAUCAAAGCAGAAUUUGACGAGGGAUGAAUUGGCACGCAGGCCUCAGAAGACAAGAGCCGCCAGCGGGACUCUGGAAGAUCUGCU